GAGCGCCCGGGAGGACUUCGGUCCCAACUCCGGCCGCACCGCGGGGACGCUGCCCGCCGCCGCUCGCAUGGCCCGAGGCGGCACUCCCUGAGCGCCGGGCUGGGCAGAGCCGCCGCUCCGCUCCCCUGCUCGCCCCGAGCCGAGCCCAGCCGCGCCGAGCCGAGCCGAGCCCAGCCGUGCCGCGGCUGCCCCCGCUCCUGCGGCAGCCGGAGCGCGAUGUGCCGGUGAGCCCCGCACCGAGAGCCCGGCGGCCACCCCGUCACUUAAGAUUCUCCCUGAAGCGUGACUUCGAAUAUGACACUUCAGUAAUGCAGAAGCUGUAUCCUCCGUGGGCCUAUCUUGGAAGCUAGAUCUGCAGCUGCCCUUCAGUCAUGAUUGUUUCAAGAUUAAAGGCCAUUUCCCUGUCAUUGCCAAGCUUUUUUCUUCUUGCUUUUCAUCUCUCAGCAUCACAGAAUGUACCUGAAUACACUGAAGCUGAACAUCAGCAAUGUGUUAGGAAAGAACACCCCACAAUUGCUUUUGAAGAUCUGAAGCCCUGGGUGUCGAAUUUCACCUAUCCAGGUGUGCAUGACUUUUCCCAGCUUGCACUGGAUGCCAACAGGAACCAGCUCAUUGUGGGAGCAAGGAACUACCUCUUCAGACUUAGUCUACACAACGUUUCUCUUAUUCAGGCAACAGCAUGGGGUUCAGAUGAAGACACUAGGAGGUCCUGUCAAAGUAAAGGGAAAACAGAGGAAGAGUGCCAGAACUAUGUCCGAGUGCUGAUUGUUUAUGGCAAGAAGGUUUUUACCUGUGGUACCAACGCCUUUUCGCCAGUGUGUUCCAGUCGACAGGUAGGAAAUCUCAGCAAAAUCAUUGACAGAAUUAAUGGAGUGGCUCGGUGCCCAUACGACCCUCGGCAUAACUCGACAGCUGUGAUUACAUCACGAGGAGAGCUCUAUGCUGCAACUGUGAUUGAUUUUUCUGGACGGGAUCCUGCUAUUUACCGCAGCCUUGGAAAUGUUCCCCCACUUAGGACAGCACAAUACAACUCCAAAUGGCUCAAUGAGCCUAACUUUAUUGCUGCCUAUGACAUCGGCUUGUUCACCUACUUCUUCUUCCGUGAGAACGCGGUGGAACAUGACUGUGGGAAAACAGUGUAUUCUCGUGUGGCAAGGGUUUGCAAAAAUGAUAUUGGAGGGAGGUUUUUGCUGGAGGACACAUGGACAACUUUCAUGAAGGCCAGACUGAACUGCUCCCGUGCUGGAGAAAUCCCUUUCUAUUACAAUGAAUUGCAAAGCACCUUCUACCUUCCCGAGCAAGAUCUGAUCUAUGGUGUCUUCACCACUAAUGUAAACAGCAUAGCUGCCUCAGCAGUAUGUGCCUUCAAUCUGAGUGCCAUUACUCAGGCAUUUAAUGGUCCCUUCCGCUACCAAGAAAACCCAAGAUCAGCCUGGCUGCCAACAUUAAACCCCAUCCCCAAUUUCCAGUGUGGGACACUGAACGAUAAGAGCCCUAACGAGAACCUGACAGAGAGAGUCCUGCAGGACGCACAGCGCCUCUUCCUGAUGAAUGAUGUGGUGCAGCCAGUGACUGUGGAUCCCUAUGUGACCCAGGACAGCAUUCGAUUUUCCAAACUGGUGGUUGAUAUUGUUCAAGGGAAGGAUACUCUCUACCAUGUCAUGUAUAUUGGAACAGAGUAUGGCACCAUCUUGAAGGCCCUUUCUACCACCAACAGGAGUCUGAGGAGUUGUUAUUUAGAGGAAAUGCAGAUCCUCCCUGAUGGACAACAGGAAGCAAUCAAGAGUCUCCAAAUCCUACACAGCAACAGGUCACUCUUUGUGGGUCUAAAUAAUGGAGUGCUAAAAAUUCCUUUGGAGAGAUGCUCCAUGUACAGAACAGAAGGGGAAUGCCUGGGAGCCAGAGACCCUUACUGUGGCUGGGAUAGCAAGCAGAAGCGAUGCACCACCAUUGAGGACAGCUCCAACAUGAGCCUCUGGACCCAAAACAUUACUGAGUGCCCAGUGAAAAACCUGACAACAAAUGGAAGAUUGGGGCCUUGGUCCCCAUGGCAACUGUGUGAGCAUUCAGACGGGGACAGUACAGGCUCCUGUAUGUGUAGGUCACGUUCAUGUGACAGCCCUCGUCCUCGCUGUGGAGGUCGCAGCUGCGAAGGGGCCAGGAUUGAGGUUGCAAAUUGUUCAAGAAAUGGCGCUUGGACACCGUGGUCUUCCUGGGCCCCAUGCAGCACCUCCUGUGGGAUCGGCUUCCAGGUCCGGCAGCGCUCCUGCAGCAAUCCUGCUCCACGCUAUGGGGGCAGGGUCUGCGUUGGACAGAGCAGGGAGGAAAGAUUCUGUAAUGAGAACAGUCCAUGUCCAUUACCGAUUUUUUGGUCUUCAUGGGGACCUUGGAAUAAAUGUAGCGUGAAUUGUGGUGGAGGGAUUCAUUCAAGGCAGAGGUCCUGUGAAAAUGGAAACACAUGUCCAGGCUGUGCUGUGGAAUACAAGACCUGCAACCCAGAGAGCUGCCCAGAGGUGCGCAGGAACACACCCUGGACCCCGUGGAUGCCUGUCAACAUCACCCAGAAUGGUGCCCGCCAGGAGCAGCGCUUCCGCUACACGUGCCGGGCCCAGCUGUCAGACCCCCAUGAGCUGCAGUUCGGGAGGAAGAAAACGGAGAGUCGCUUCUGCCCCAACGAUGGCUCCGCAGUGUGUGACACUGACUCUCUUGUUGAUGACCUCCUCAAGACUGGUAAGACCUCUGCACGGAUUAUCAAUGGGGGCUGGUCCUUUUGGGGGGCCUGGUCUUCCUGCUCCAGGGACUGUGAGCUGGGCUUUAGGAUCAGGAAGAGAACAUGCACAAACCCUGAACCAAAAAACGGUGGCUUGCCCUGUGUGGGGUCAGCGAUGGAGUACCAAGACUGCAAUCCUCACCCCUGCCCAGUGAAAGGCUCGUGGUCUUGCUGGACUCCCUGGUCUCACUGCUCAGCCACCUGUGGGGGUGGGCACUACCAGCGCACACGGACCUGCACCAACCCAGCUCCGUCCAGCGGGGAGGACAUCUGCAUCGGGCUGCACACCGAGGAGGCCCUCUGCAACACGCACCCCUGCCAAGGUGGCUGGUCAGAGUGGUCAGAGUGGAGCCUGUGCAAUGAAGAGGGCAUCCAGUACCGCAGCCGCUACUGCGAGGUGCACAGCCCGGACUCUUCCCAGUGCGUCGGAAACAGCACCCAGUACCAGGAGUGCCUGUACAAUGAAAUUCCUGUGAUCCUGCCAGCCUCCAGCAUUGAUGAGAGCACGAAUUGUGGAGGUUUUAGUCUCAUCCAUCUGAUUGCCACUGGGGUCUCCUGUUUCUUCGGCUCCAGCCUGUUAACGUUUGUGAUUUACGUGUAUUGCCAGCGCUGCCAGAGGCAGUCCCAAGAGUCCACUGUUAUCCAUCCAACCACUCCCAACCAUCUCCAUUACAAGGGCAACACAACCCCCAAGAAUGAGAAGUAUACCCCUAUGGAGUUCAAGACACUUAACAAGAACAACUUGAUACCAGACGACAGAACCAACUUCUAUCCUCUGCAGCAAACCAAUGUGUACACAACAACCUAUUAUCCCAGUACACUGAAUAAAUAUGAUUACAGGCCCGAGGCCUCCCCUGGAAGGACCUUUACCAACAGCUGAUGAUGGACAGAUCCUAUGGGACUGGAUAACUUCCUAUAUGAUUUUUUUUUAUUGAUUUUAUGGACCAAAUAUCGGCCCAGCUUCUAGAUGUAAAUAUUGUACAGUAGGGUCUUUUUUUUCCCCUUUGGUUAAUUGUGUUUCUUGUAAACAGCACAUCUCCUUACAAGGACAAAAAUUCACAUGGACCAUCCUGCAGAGCUUUUGUGGAUAUUUGUCUGGAGAUGGCUCGUCUACUGCAACUGUUUAUGGCUGGAAGGUCAGCGUGCUGUCCAAGGCUGAGGUCGUCGAGGAAGGGGCUGUGUGCUGGGCUUGGUGGCCAUUGAGCAGCCACACACAACACAUGGGAGCACUCCAAGAAGGCAAGAGGUGGCCUCCUGGAGCAGGGCUGGAUGCAUCAUUCCUGAGCCAGGACAACACUGGAUGACACACAGCUCAUGGGACAGGUCGAACAGGACUCCAUCACGCCAACAACUUGAAGAACAUUUUCUUUUCCCUUUUUUUUUUUUAAUUUUUAUUUUUGAUUUUUUUAUGUUUCUGAGAAAAAAAAAAGUAGUAACUUUCUAGGGUAGUGUUCCCUAUAUCUUCAACAGAAUCUUUUCAUAUUACAGGAAAUACUCUCUGCAGCCUUCUUUGGUAAUAGGCAGUUCAGCUGAUGAGAAACAACACACAAAUGAAGUGCAUUAUCCAAAGAAGCUCUCCAGAAUGUUUCCAGUCUUAAUUAAAAGAAAAUUAUACAGGCAGUGAGACACUGAGAAAAGUAUAUGUUGGAAUAACAUUGGAGACAUGAACUUGGAGUGCCUAACAAACGAAGAUGUUUAUAUCACUAGAAAAAGAGAUGUGAUGAUUGCCGCACAAGAGCCAUGGGGUUUUUUUCUUUCUUCCUUUUUCUUUUUUUCCGAGACAGUAUUAACUCUUUUUGUUCUAGCUUUGAUCCUGAUUGUGUCUGCCAGGAGAGGCAACUUUAGAGGCCAUGCUCUUCUUGUGGGAAAUCACCAUGCUUUGGGCUAAUAUUUCCUCUUGUUUUAUUACUGGGUUUUAGUUCAUAUACCUUCAAAAAAUGAGUGAUUCUGACUUUGCAGGGGGAAGAUAUUUUUUUAAGGAAUGUUUCCAUAGUCUGACAUGACCCAGAAAGUCUGCUGCACAUUCUUACAGCGUCUUCCACUCAGUACUCUAUGAGAUAGUAACACAACUGCGUAAUGUGCGUUGUUUGCCAAUAUUUCUUUAAUUUUUCUGAGAAAAAACAACCCAACAAACAAAUGCUGCUGCAGCUAUUGAAGUCAAUUGGAGCGGUAGCAUUAUUAAACAGUAUAUCGAGCCUUGAAAUGUAAUUCUGUGUAUGUGUGUGACUGUGUCUAUGAGAACUGUAUUAGUCUGAUGCAGAAGCCAUGUUGUCUACAACCAGAUGUUUGUCUGACAUAAUUGUUUGGCAAAAAGGAAACUUAUUGCUGGUGCUUAAUGUAGAACUACAUCCAGUGUGUUAGCAACGUGAACAAGUUCACCGCUGUUAUCAUUCAGUGUUUCUAAAUAUAUAUGAUAAACUCCUGAUGCUAAGUAUUUUAGAAUGUCGCAAUACUGAGCAUGAGAUAAAAGUACACCCUGAAAUACGCAUGAGCACCACGUGGUCCUGAGCUUGGCUUUGUUGUCUGCACAUUCCCCGAGCAGCGCCGUGCCAGUGCCUGGUCCCUGGCUCGGUCUGCUCCCAGCAGUCCUGUCUGUCCCCGCUUGGUUUCGGAUUUUGCUGUGAGCCGACAUCGGUUGUUUCUCAGUGCUGUUCCUUUGCAGUUGCUUGUUUGGAAGCCCUGCUUGGGCCGUGUACUCAGCUCUUUCACGUAGGCAGCUGGUAGGAAAUGAAGAAAGCCUGUGCUACUUGUGACAAGUAUAUUGCUCUUCCUGCGAGGAAGGGCCAACGUGACUCUGCAAGCCUGUGUGUUACGGCGGUUUGACCAGAGGGCAAGUAUACAAUAUCCUCCCAUUUUUAAAUUACUUUGUUUGACUUCAGUUCGCAGUGAUUGAAAGCUGUAGGGAUAUUUGUAAUAAAGUGGGGUUAUUAGCACUGCCACAAGGACACCUUAGGCUCAGCAGUGCCCAUCAUUUUCAGCAGCUGCUUUUCUUAUUUAGCAGCCCAAACUGUUUCUGCUCAGGAGAAAUAGAUGGGGCAGAGGGAGAGAGAGAGAUGCCCUUAAAUAGAUUUUAAGCAGCAGAGUCAGGAGCUGAUGCAGACCUAGAAGACUGUCUGAAGCACCUGCUGGAACUCUCCAAGCUGGCACAGUGGUCCAGCAGCCCUGAACCCUCAGCAGCACAGCCAGGCAAGAGCAGCUGGAGCAGAGCAAGAUCACCAGGGAAGCAGGAUAGCACUGGUGGCGGGCAGCCUUCAGGGAGGCUCUUCCCAGGCCCCUAAAUACCAUUUUAGGAGUGAUGACUUUGUGCCUCGUGCCAUAACGAGUUCACCUUGUCUCACUGAAUUUCCACAUGCCCCUCAGCAAUGUUUAAAAUCCUGACUUAAUGUAGUUCUAACAAGUAUGUAGCCCAAGGGUUGGAAAUUAUUACAUUAGACUAUCAGGAUGGGAUUUCCCAGCUUUAAUUUAUGUGAUUCAUGAGACAACACUGGUUCCCAAGAUAAUUUCAGCCAUUGUAAAAUCAAAGCCAUCUCUGAGCUUCCCCAUCAGAAGAUUCUCUGUAUUAACACACUCCACAAUUACCAUGCACGUGGCAAGAUUGCAGCUGGAGUUUGAGGGAAUCCAAGCAAGUCAAACCUUGCAAUUAUCUCAAUCUUCUAUUUUUCCUUUCUCUUUUCCCCUCUCCCCUUUUAAAUUUUUUUCCCAUUUUUGGCUUCACAGAAUAACAUGAUGUAAACUGAUUUCUUUUUUCGCAGAGUACCAUAUGAAAUUAUUUAAAUGUUCAAGUCACCAAGAUGGGUGAUUACUACCAUUGUGCUCAGGAGGUGGAUAUUUUGUAGGCUAUUGGAGGGCAGAUGCUAUGAGGAUGGUGCAUGUGGUUAUAGUUUCAUCAAGACAUUCCUUCUUAUCAGCCAUCCAAAUGGAUUCAGCCCUUUCUCAUAUAAUUGGCAAUCACAGCAAGGGACUGUAGUCUCCAUUCAAGCAGAAAGCAGAAUCCAGGAGAGAAGUGAAAAAAAGAAAUCAGAACACUGUAUUACUCAAUUAAUGUUUGCAGGGUAGUGCAGUUCUGUGAGGACGAUGUUAAUGCGGUGUGAGAGUUGCAUUUUUUCUGAGCUUUCCAAUGUGUGGCAGGUUAAUGACAUCAUAAGCAGGGAUUUUCUUGCAGUCCACAUAAUUUGGCACCUUGAGCAUCAGGUCUAUAAUAUCUGUAGAAGUUUGAGUUGCUCCUGCAGCUGGAUGCUAAACUUGCUAAAAUUUCCUAUUCCUAACACUAUCUUAAACGGGAGUAGAAAUGCAUUUCCUUUGGGAGCAUUGCUUUUCAGAAAGUUCAUUAUGCUAUAUAUAUAUUUUUUUUUCCCUUUAUUUCUAAGGCAGAGAAAAGGAACCCUGAGUGGUUCCUCUAUAGGUCUGGAGACACUGUGUCUCUGCAAACCCUUUGGAUAGGAUUCAGGUAUACAGGACAUGAAAUAUGGUGGAAAUCUUACAGCCAAGUGUGUAGUGGAAACAUCUGUAAUUAGGCCAUUCUCUCUUUUUCCAUGGAAGUGGCUGCCUUUCUCCCAGCCGAGGGGGUGUGCCUGCUGCUGUUAUCCAGGGGUGUUGUGCCCUUGCUGUCGGGUUUUCCUUGAGCAGUUGCCAGUAACUCACAGCUCACUGACAGGCAAACCACUUGAGGAUCAAACCCUCACAUAAGAGGUGCUGUUGCUCUAAAGGUGCACUUGAAUGUUCAGCAUAUGAGCCAGGGCUGCUCUUAAAUGUAUGACCUGUACAGAUACUAUAGGAGAAUAACAUUUAUUGUCUAACCACCACUGUUCCUGCUGCCUUAUGUUCGGAAAAUGAAGUGUUUGCUUUGAAAUCAACAGAGAGCAGGAAUGGAGCCCGUGUCUGAUGCAAACAAUUUGAUGCCUCCAGUGAUAAUCUGCUGUUCAGCCCACCUAGAGAGAAAA